CCUUUGUGUCUCCACAAAGGAUCCAUCCAGUGAAUGAACUGAAUCAAGCACAAGCUCUAGAGAUAGUAGCUACGUCUCUUCACUCUGCCGCUUGCUUGAGAGGAAUCCAGGGCUUCCUGACCUCCGCGUACACCAUCCAGGAGCGUCUGCUGUCUAGACAUCAUCUCCGUUAAGCGAUCAUGCAGCUCUGGAAUAACGACCACUAAAAACACGCUUUAUUUAUCUUCUGGUGUUCUUCAUCCUUCUUAGGUUAAAGACGUCUUCUGCCCUGACUGAUUUUUGGGAGUAAAAUCAAGCCGGAGAAGUUGGAAUUUUUUGGGGAAAUUUGUAGCUGCGGAGCGCGACAUCCAUCCCGGGCGCGACACGAGGGAAAGGUUUCUCCACUGCGCGUGCUGUGAAAGUCCGCCAAGACGCCGCGUGCCGUGCUCCGCGUGAAAAAUGCCCAGGCGCGGUUGGCCAAGGCGGCGCCCGAGCCGGCGCCCACCCCGGGGCUCUACAUGGAGCGCUCGCAAAGCCGGAUCAGCCUGUCCGCCUCCUUCGAAGCCCUUGCCAUCUACUUCCCCUGCAUGAACUCUUUCGACGAAGAUGAUGCCGAUGCAGAGGGCCGGAAACUCAGGGGAAACAUCCAGCGCAGCACGGAGACGGGCCUGGCAGUGGAGAUGCCCAGCCGCACGGUGCGUCAGGCGAGCCACGAGUCCAUCGAGGACAGCAUGAACAGCUACGGCUCCGAGGGGAAUCUGAACUACAGUGGCAUGUGUCUGGCGUCGGAUACCCAGUUUAGUGAUUUUCUCGAUGGGAUGGGUCCAGCCCAGUUUGUGGGCCGUCAGACCCUCGCAACAACAUCCAUGGGUGAUGUGGAAAUAGGCCUGAUGGAGAGGAACGGACAGCUAGAGGUGGAAAUUAUCCAGGCCAGAGGUCUCACCCUGAAGCCGGGGUCCAAAGGUCCCCCAGCCGCGUACAUAAAAGUUUAUCUACUUGAAAAUGGUGCCUGUGUUGCCAAAAAGAAGACGAAGUCUGUGAGAAAGUCCCUGGAUCCACUCUACAACCAGGUGCUGGUCUUCACAGAGGCUCCUCAGGGGAAGGUGGUGCAGGUUAUUGUCUGGGGUAACUACGGACGCAUGGAUCGCAAGUGUUUCAUGGGUGUGGCUCGCAUCCUGUUGGAGGAGCUGGAUUUGUCAAGCAUGGUGAUUGGCUGGUACAAGCUUUUCCCCACUUCCUCCAUGGUCGACCCCACGAUGGCCCCUCUGAUCCGACACUCAUCCCAGCUGUCCCUGGAGAGCACAGUGGGGCCCUGUUGUGACCGCUCCUAAUGGCGCUGUGAGCUGGCUUGUCUUUCGUACCCUUAUUUUUCGCACAGCCCUACAGUCCCUGGAUCUCAGAGGGCUGCAAGUCCAACUCCUAUACUUCGACCAUGCAGCCGGGGAAAGGGGUGUGGGCCCCAAUCUUGAUUCAAAGGGUUAUUUUUUUUUCCCCGAAGUGGAACAUUUUAAACAGUGGAACUGAGGAAAUGACUUAAUCCUGAUUGAUUUUCUUGAUCUGAACUGUCCUUUUUUCUCUUGCCCCAAGCCCUCGAGUGCAAUCUCCAGUGUCUCCCUGUCUCAUACCUCACAGCGUCAGUGGAGGAUCUAUCUGCCUGACAGAUUAGCGUCCGUUAGGCUGCCUGCGUGGUCUCAGACUGGAGACCGGGGCAUGUGCAAUAUUGGAGCCGCCGUUGGUGAUAAAUAAAACGAGCAGACAAAAGAAAAAAAAACAAGAGAGAGACUAAAUAUUCAUGUCUUGAAAGCAGAUAAUCACACUAUUAUUGAGAGUAUGCUACUUCAGUCACAGGUCUGGAUGUUGCAGUUGUACCACAUUAUCUGCUGAGAUUCUGUGGAUGUUUCUGUACAGCUGGGCUCACUUGGGAUGUUUAUUAUUAUUAUCAUUAUUAUUAUCAUUAUUAAUUAUUAUUAUUAAUUAUUCUUUAACUGUGCCAAUUUACCAGCAAGUGUCUUUAUUUGGUGCUUUGUGCCACUGGUCAGUGAGUUAAGGUCAAUUCUCGGACAGAUGAAUUGAGAUGGUAGUUUGCAACUAAUAAAUAUUACAGCUAGUUUCACGGCAUGUGUUGAAACAUUUUAGUUCCACUUCGAACCCAGUAGAUCAUUAAAAAUACAUUUAGUAUGGAGAACAAACAGUGUUAAAUGAAACCAAGAUUAAAUGAAGGACAGGCAAUGGAUAGCAGCGUGCAAGUUCCUGUGGGCACUUUAAUUUUUGACUAAAUAUACAUACAUAUAUAUUUAUUAUUCAUAAACACUGAGUGAGCCAAAGUCAAUUUCUGUUGUAUGAAAUUUUACAUCCAGCUUGACAAAUUCAGAAGUGUUAAAGUCUAUUUGCAGAGCUUUGGUAGCGCAGUGAGAUUGUAGCAUUAGCAUUGAGCAUGAGAGACUAUAUAGCUUAAUAAAAAAAUACUAAGAAAGAACUUUUUUUUUUUUUUGCUUGAAUUAAUCAUGAAAAACAUGGGUUAAUGGAGCAAAGAUGUAGCAGCUAAUUUAAAUAAUAAAUUAUAGAUGCAGAACUGUGAUAAAUAUUCACAAGAUAAUGAAAAUGCCUAUUAUAUUUUCUAAAAAAAAAAAACAAAAAAAAAACGCGUACAUAGCAAAAAAAUGUGUAUAAUUGAUUAUGCGAUUUGGAGUAAUAACCAGUUGACUGAAACGAUGGAAACUUCCAGGGUUAUGUUGGACUGACACAGACGUCUGUUUCUUGUGUGAAAACAUACAUUCACCAGUAUUUCCUGUUUGAGUCUGAUCCCAAAAACGAAUUGUUGAAAUAUGUAUUGUCAUUGACAUAGGAAAUGUAAUUUAAGAUUUUUACAUCCUCACUUUACAAUCUGUACGAAUGUCUAGCAACAUAUAUUAUAAGCAUAUUAUGUUCCUGCAUGUGAAUUUAUGAAAUCUGACACGGUCAUAGUUUUGUACUGAGAUAAUUGUACUAUUUAUUACAUAAACUCUAUCAGUCCAGUGUUACCAAAUCAACCUUUUGUAGUAAGACGCAAGAUAACAUUUUCAAAGUACAUUUUGAAAAAUGUGUGUUUUGUUCUAAUGGGAGAUGAAAAUUUUAUAGAACAAAAGAAAAACUCAAACUCAUAGUAUAUUUUAUACUGAACACUUUAUAUUUACACUAAUUUAAAAGCAUCUUUUAGUUGUAUAGUAUAAAUUAAAAACAAAAAAGAUUUUAUUUUGAAGCAAUAAUUAGCACUCCCCUCACAACUUUUCUGGGUUCUAGAACCAAGAAAGAAAUGAUUCAUGGAGAAAUCCGGACGGCAAAGUGUUUGUACAGAGCCUCUUAAAUAAAACGUUAGUCUGGUGAUAAAUGCUAAAAGCAUUUUGGUCAGCAAAUGUGUCACAUUAAAGUGUUUAUUUAUAUACUGGCAAAAUCAUUCUGUAAAGGCCAGCCUACAUCUGUGUUAGAAACAACUUUCAGUCCGUUUUACUGGGAUGCAUCUGCAACAAUACCUGGAGCAUUAGCAUCUUGCAAUCAAUAAAAUUGAAAAAAGUAUAUUAUCAACUGAUACAAUGAAAAUACGAAUUUAUUCAUAGUUUAACUCAGACUUAGAGUAGUUAUUUUAAUAAAUAUUAUUACACAUGUUUGCUUUAAAACAGACAAAAGGAUACUGGCAUAGGAGUGUUAUUACUAAAUCACUGGUUAUUUUUUUCAUAUUAAAAGUACCACAUGAGUCAUAUGUACUGACCAGCACUAAUGUUUGUAUUUUUAAGACCCUUAUCUGCUGGUUAUUACUACUGUUAGACUAAUUUGCUUUAAGGUUGCCAACUCAGACUCAGUCCAGGUAAAAUUUGUCCCUUUGACUGGAAAAUACUUUGGCAAUUCCUAAUGGGUGUUUUGAAAAAGAUUGCUUUAUACCAAUUGAUCAAAAUGUUAGAGACACUCAUCACGCUUAAAAGUUGGUUGUUCUUAAUGACUGAUAAAUCGCAUCCCUAAUAUGUAUGGAUAUAAGUUUGUUUGGGUGUACAUUUGUAUGUGUGUGUGAGCGAUUAGCAUUCAGUGAAAAAUUUUGAUUGUAAUUUUUUAAAGUACUUUUAUGAAACUCUGGAAUAAAAAUGUUGCUACAUAAAAUAUUCUAAAACAGACAAAAAACUGCCUUGCUAAAUACAAAAACAAAAUUAUGGAAUAUGUAAAUAUGUUCUUCUACUGAAAUUCCACCGUAUGCGUCACUAACUAGAGUAAUAUUUAUAAAAUCUAUACUGCUGCCACAUUCCAGGGUUUUUGAAUUUCCAAAUGUUAUAUUUUCCUUGAAAAUAUCCCACAAAAACAUUUACUUUUAUAAUUGAAAUAUUUGCAGGAAAUCUCUUAGUGAAUUAAACUUAGUGUGCUUUUUAACAAAAUACACAGCUCUAUCCUCAAAACUGUCAAAACAUUUUUCUUCAAACUUAUAAACUGAAUUAUUGAGUCAGUUUAGACAAAGUAUGAUUAAAAUUGAUUAAUUCAGCACAAUUGUACAACACAGACUCAUUGUCCAUAAAAACAUAAUGUAUGAAAUUCUAAAUGUUUUCAGUGCCGAUUAAAACUGAAAUUCUGAAUUCCAUUCUCAAAAUAUUUUUAGUAAAUUAAUUUUAUAUUACCAUACCAUGUAAUAUGGGUCUACUAACAAGAUUAAUUCUGAAGUGGUAUGACAGAUAGUUCUGAGUGGUUAUUUAGAAAGCCAAAUUGUAUCUUUUUAAAAUUACCUCAUUGUCAAGAUAACAUAGGAAGAACGACAUGGGGAAGACUGUGUUGAAUAUAACUGUGCUCGAGAAUCAAAUCUCUGAAAACAAUUAAAAUUCUAUUACGGCUCUUAAAUUGGGCUUUAACUUUACCAAUCUAAUAAGCAAACAGAAUAUGUUUAUUUUAUUAACAUAUUUUGUUAUGAUUGAUUUGAGUUUACCUAGAUAUGCAUUUGGUUUUAGUUGGAUGUAACUUUAACUUUUUAUAUUAGCUACUAUUUGUAAUUAAAUUCAAAACAAGCCCAAAAAUACAAAAUCUAACACAUUUCAGUUUGGACUACAAAGCUGUUAGUCCAGACCUUUUUUAUUUUUAUGAAAUAGAAAUCUUGACCUGACGGGUUCCUCAUCUCAUGUCUGGGUCCAAUAGUAUAUUUACAAUAAUUGGAAGACUUUCAAAUGUAUUUCCUGCUAUUUUAAUGAUUUUUAUUUAAUGUUUUAUAUAACAACAAGAGAUACCACAUUACCACCUAUGAAAUCUGUCCUGAAAUUUCUGUCCUGAAGUCUCUGUGUGUUUAUAGGUCAUUUAAGUCUUAAUUAGAGCCUCAUAACAGCCUCAUCGUGUGUUCUUGACUAGAAGGCAGGAUUUAAAAUGAGACCAAAUGACGCAGAGUUAGAAUGAAGUUAAAACUUAAUAGCACUACGUGUUAAUAGCCACGGGGGAUCAAAUAGCAGUCACCCAGCUGCUAAACAAAGGAGGUUGGACUGCCUUUAAAUAUUGUGUCGGUUGUUUUUAUAAUAUAUGUAAUUUUCGUUUACAUACAGACAUUUCAUAUUUUUCAGUUUAUGGCCAAAUUUCUAAACAUGAUUGGCCGUCUUGGGGGGGGGUUCACAAUAAGACUAUCAUUUAACAGGAGAGAUAUUUUUCUUAAAACAAAUCCCACUGAAGGAAUUGCUGUGGCAAAUAGCAGAGAUUACAGUGUAAAUAAGAUGCAUCAUGUUGUCACUAAAAUACUGGCGAAACACAUUAUUUAAAAUCCCUCUUUAUCUUCAUUCUUUUGUUUUCUUAUGUGCAAUGUUUGGUCAUAGUGCUGUUUGUUCUGUCAGGGUUUUAAAGGUUUUGCGACAUAAACAAAUAUGGAAAUAAAAGGGCUUUGUUAGAUAGGAUAACAUACAUUAGUGUGAACAUAUCAUUAACUCCUGCUUAGGCAGGGACUGGCAAAAUGGCAUUUCUGCAACGUUGUCUCUGGGAUGAUUUGAGUCAUUUUAGGGAGAUAUGAUCUGUUUUUGGGCCAGUUUUAUUAAAAAAAAAAAAGAUUUAUUACAUGUAGAUCUGAAUUAAUUAAGAAACUAUAGUAAUGUUGAAUAAUGCACAGUUUGAUGUUGUUAAACUGUUUCGAAUGUUAAUUAAAAAAAAGUUGAAUCCGUGA